AUGCUCAGAUCAACAUACUCCGCUCCUCCCCCUUUGCCCGCAGGGUGGACACAACAUAGAGCGCCCACGGGACACUUGUACUAUUAUAACUCUACAACAGGAAAAUCCACAUACACCCGCCCUCAAGAACCGACUCCUCAACUGAACCAGCCCGCUCCUGAUAUCUCACAAACGAUAUACAAUCCCGAGACACUACCUUCAUUUUCUUCAACACCCUAUGGACCGGCAGGUUUCGGCCCUGGACAGGCGCAAUCUAGUCCACCGCAAAGCUUCCGCGGUCGGGGAGGAUUCCGCGGCGGAAAAGGUUAUCAUGAUCGUGGACGCAGAGGACCUGAAGAUCGGCCAAAAGCGAAGCAUACUAUUCCCGACUGCGCCCCAUGGCUAUUAGUCAGGACCAAGCUUGGGAGGAGAUUUGUGCACAAUCCGGAAACGAACGAGAGUUUUUGGAAAUUUCCGGAAUCGGUCUUGAAGGGUGUCAUCGAAUUCGAUCGCCUCGAGCGCGAGAAAAAGGAGAGAAAAGAGCGCGGUGAGCCCGAAGCGCCAGCCGAAAAUGAACCGUCUAUGCAAAAGGAUGAUCACACAAAAACACAAGAGGUGCCGCAAGAAGCGACGCGCAGUUACUCCGAUGACGAGUAUGAGGAGGUUGAGGUUACAGAUAGCGAAGGAGAAGAGGAUCAACCGUCAAAGCGCGCACGUACUGAAAGCGAGGGUGCCAUCGACCAACCGCUAGAAUUUAACGAAGAAGACAUGGAAUACCAACUCGCAGCCAUGGGUGAAGAAUAUGGACUUGAUCCUGGGGAAUACGGCGAGGCCGGUGAAGAAGAUUGGGAAGAGGGCGCCGAGGGCCUGCCACUGACAGAGGCCGAUGCCGAGGCUCUCUUCCGCGACUUGCUGGAUGAUUUCCAAAUUAACCCAUUCGGGACAUGGGAAGGUGUCAUUGAAGAUGGCCGAAUCAUCCAGGACACCCGCUAUACCGCAGCCCCGAACAUGAAGACGCGACGCGAGAUCUUCUCCAGAUGGAGCACGGAGAGAAUCCAACAUGUCAGAGAACAAAAGGCAAAGCAGGAAAAGACCGAUCCCCGCAUUAAGUAUCUGGAAUUCCUACAAGAACAUGCCACCGUCAAGCUUUAUUGGCCGGAGUUCAAGCGCAAAUUCCGAAAAGAGCCUGAAAUGAAGGAUCCCCAACUUGCGGAUAAAGAGCGAGAGAAAUUCUACCGGGACCACAUCUCGCGUCUCAAACAGCCUGAAAGCACUCGCAAGUCUGACCUGUCCGCCCUUCUCAAAUCCGUUCCACUGGACUUAUUACAUCGGUCAUCAAACCCAGAAGCUCUUCCUACUGUGAUCAUCACCGAUGUUCGUUAUAUCGGACUCGCUCCUGAGGUGCGAACACCAUUAAUUGAGGCAUACAUAUCGACCUUGUCGCCACCUCCAGAGGUACAAAUGACUGCAGAAGAGCUAGCAGAACUUGACCGAAAACGAACAGAACGGGAAAAACGUGAGAAGGCUCUCGCAGAUCGGAAGAAGCGGGUGGAGGAAGAGAAACGAAGACAGCGAGCAGAUCUUAUCCGCGGAAAGCAUCUCCUCCGGGAAGGCGAAGCCGAGAUUGAACAGGCAAUGCGCGUUAGCAAGGACGGUCUACGGAGUUACAUGGAUGUUGAUCAAGUGGAAGGUGAGGAACAGAAGCCGAGUCAAUAG